GCACAGUCUGCUCUCUUUCUGCUCUCUUGUUGCUACUACAUUCCUCUGUCGUGCCUAUCGUCCUCAUAUAUAUAUUUUUCACUGAAUGCUGGGUAUCAUAUUGUUAUGAUAGGAAUGCCUCGGCCGCCUCCCGCUCGCCCUCAUAUUGGCAUCAGCACUCCCUCGCGAUUUUCGUCAUACGCAUCAGUAGAAUGGGCAGAGGAGGACGCAUGGGACAGUGCGUCCGACUCUGAGUCGUCUGUUCCAAAACCUCCCUCUGGAAAGUCUGCUAUCGGCAAAAUCUCACUAGAGUCUACGACGACAGCCAAACCGAUUCCGAAGCCGAAGAAAUCGCCUUCCGCAAGCAGCUUGACGUUCUCUUACACAAACGUCAAUGCACCAAGUCCAAGCUCAUACUCUCCAAGGUCGGAUAACCUGCAUUCGAAUAAACAAAGUUGGACGAUCGUCAACAGAACUACGGAAAAUGGGGUUCAACCAACCAAGGAAGGAGUGCUUAGCAAUAAUACAUUAGGCAGGACCAGCGAAGAGUUUGAUAUCGAGGAUAUCGAUGUUGCAGAAACAGAUGCCGACGUAAGAGUAUCAAAAAAUGGGCUACAGUUCGUGAAGGAUGAUGCGCAGGAGAUUGUCCAAGACCCUUUAUCGAAUAUUCGCCGUAGGCAUUCGAGUCGAUCUAAACGCCCUCAAACCUCUGGAAACGGUCAGCAAAAGAGCAUUACUUCUCAACUAAUGCGCGAGACAUCCAUCAAGACCAAUCGGCGGAAUAAGUUCAUCGAAUGUCUUCUGGCCGAGGAUGUCAACAUUGUGGAACUGAGAAAACUUGCAUGGAACGGGAUACCAAGCGAUUUGCGACCCGUUUCGUGGCAAUUGCUACUUGGCUAUUUACCACUUCCUGCGGACAUGCGUACUUCCACUCUUUCCCGAAAAAGAGCGGAAUAUGCUUCACUCGUCGACGUUACAUUCGCUAGGGGCAAAGACGGACUUGACCAACAAAUCUGGCAUCAGAUUGAAAUUGACGUACCACGGACCCGACCAGGUGUUAAAUUAUGGAUGCGUGAAGUGACACAAAGAAGUAUCGAAAGAAUUCUCUAUGUCUGGGCAAUCCGUCAUCCUGCCAGCGGAUACGUUCAGGGUAUCAAUGAUCUAGUCACUCCAUUCUACCAAGUCUUCCUCUCCGCAUAUAUCACAUCUGACCCGGAAGAAUUCGAUCCUGGUCAACUCCCACCAAGCGUCUUAAGCGCCAUCGAAGCAGACUCCUUCUGGUGUCUCACACGUCUCCUAGAUGGUAUCCAAGACAACUACAUCUUUGCACAGCCAGGAAUUCAGCGAAGUGUCAGACGUAUGGCAGAAUUAGUCGCGCGCAUAGAUUCUGCCCUAUAUGCGCAUCUCCAAUCCGAGAACGUCGAGUUCAUGCAGUUCGCAUUCCGCUGGAUGAACUGCCUUCUGAUGCGCGAGAUUAGCGUACAGAAUACCAUAAGGAUGUGGGAUACCUACUUGGCCGAGGGUCCUGAUGCAUUCUCCCAAUUCCAUCUUUACGUCUGCUCCGCAUUUCUGAUGCGGUGGAGUAAGAAACUGCAGGAUAUGGACUUUCAGGGUAUAAUCAUGUUUCUCCAAUCCUUACCUACACAAGACUGGGGCGACCAUGAGAUCGAGCUCCUCCUCAGUCAUGCGUUCGUGCUAAAUUCGACAUGGCAGAAUGCACAAAGUCAUUUCGGAUCGUAGCACGGAUCACCAGUUAUUAUUAUUAGCGAGGAGUUCUCAGGAGAGUAAAAUGACGGAUAACGGGUCAAUGCUGUCGUUCUCAUUGCUAUCGGAAUUCACGUUCAUUACACACUAUAAACUAAUCGAGAGAAAAAAACUGCAGCCAGUGGUAGAUCUGGACAAGGAUGUAUGUAUCGCAAGCAGUAAAUAGAGCAGGGAAAUAACAUGAGAUGUACGCGAGAUAUGGAUUUGAUUGACUGAGAGAUGCGAGAUACUACGGAGAGAAGAAAACAAUGAAAACAGGAAGGUGAAAUGCAACGGGGCGUAAAUCUGCUCGACAAUGCUCGAUGCUCAAAGCGAAGAUACAGCCCUCUCAAUAGCCUCCUGAAGCUCGAUCGCACCAGCCUCAUCCUUUACUCGGACUCGGAACGUAACGUUGGCACCUUCGUCAUGCCCUACGAAAUUGAGUACCUGCUUUGCACGAGAGACCUUGAACCCAGUAUAUAGUCUGAAGUUCAUCAUGAUUUUCCCAUUUGCACUAUUCCUGGAUAGUAACCGCAUUGCAUUAGUUUCUUUGUGUUUUUUAAUCCGUAGCAUCCCAACACCAAUAUCAGCCCAAUGUGGCUGGUCACCUUUCUUCCCGAACCUAUAAAGCUUCACUCGGCUGGUAUGCACAGUCUCCUCGUUCUCCUCUCCUUCACCUUCCAAAUCAUUCGGAUUCUCACCGAGUGGCUUCGGAGUGGAAGCUUCUUCUGCCGGCGGGGGAGCCUCGCCGCCUUCAGUCGAGAAAGGUGUACUACCCCUCGAAUCAACUACGGAACCUGGUGCGGAUGACUUUGCGGACGAAUCUUGGUUGCCUCCUAAGUUACCUAUACUCGAGCUCGAGCCGAACGAAAAUCCAGAAGAGCCGGAUGGUCCUAAAGGCUUUGGCACAGUAGAGAAAAUGCUAGUCGAGGUACCUGCAGCAGCAGGCUCCUUGGCACUCUCCUCCUUGCUACCAAACGAGAACCCAACGGGAUUCCCGAGGUUGCCGGCUGACGGCGAUUUCGCCCCUCCGAAGCUGAAGCCGCCCGAAGACGACGCCGAAGUGGAGCUGCUAGUCGCGCCACUGCCACCAGUACCACCGAAGAUGUUUGGAGGUGCAGUCGUUGUGUUCGAGGGUGUAUCUGCCUUUGUCGAAGAUGAAGUACCGGUCCCUGAACCAAAGAGACUGAACGGUUUAUCUGAUGUACUCGUGCUCGAGAAACCGAAAGGAGAACCGGAGGAAGCAGGGCCACCGAACGGCGAGGGUUUAUUGGUUGUCGCUGAUGCGCCAAACGGCGAGGGUUUUGCACUGGAUGUAGUUGAACUCGAUGACGCAAAGGGCGAGGGGUCGGCUGUUGUUUUUUCAGUUUCCAUUGACGUCGCUCCAAAUGUAAAGGUAGAUGGCGGCGUUGAGGUUGAUGAUGUGGCACCAAAAUUUGGUUUGAAGCCACCAGUAGCGGGAACUGAUGAAGAUGUAGAUGGGGUAGAGGUUGAAGACGGGCCGAAACCAGCGAAGGAUUUGGGCGGAGUUGGCAUGCUUAAUGGCUGCGUAGGAGCCGCCGCUGACUUUGACCCAAAGGAAAAUGGAGAUGUCCCAUUCGUCUGAGAAGAGCUUUGCGGUUUGCUAGCGUCAUAUUCAUUCUGAAUUUUCGUUCGGUAAGUUUUAUACGCAUCCAAAACCUCCUCGAGGUCAGCAAAGGGGUCAGAAUUCAAACGCUUCGAUAUUUCUUCUUUGAGUGUUUGAUUGAGGCCUCGAAGCGAAGUGUAAUAUUUCGUUUCCGUAUUGUCCUUUGCAGUUGAUGAAGGACCUGAACUCGGUGCUGAACCGUGUAGCCCGUUUGGCUGAGCCGAACCUAAUAAACUGGAUAACUGCUUCGAUGCUGCAGAUGCGGAUGAAGAUACAGCCGGAGCGGAAAACUUGAAACCUGAGC